UGAGUUUGUUAAAAAAAUAGCUGUCGUUGUCAUAAAUCCAAGUUUUUAUACCGGUAUGGACGCAAGUUGUGAACAUUGGUGUUGUGCUGUUUGCGUGUGAUUGAAUCAGUUCCUCUCAUCUUUGUGUCAACAAUAGAAAAUACUAAUUGGAUUUCAUUUUCUGACGGAUAAAACCUCGAGACACUUUGUAAAAGUUUCUCGGUUUGGUAAACGAGACAAAGUAAACUAUAACUUUCUCAGGAGGAGAAUAUUAUUGUCUGAUUUUUUACCUUACAAGACAUCACAUGCGCUAAAUUGUUCAUAAAAAUUUGUCAAGCCACGAAUGCAUUUGACGUUUAUGUAUGACAAGCAAGUUGACACGUGCUGUUGAUCAUAUAUGGUGGUCGAAUAAAGGUUCUCAAAGUAAAAAAAAAUAACACGUGGGGAAAACACCUGAAAAUUCUGGAUUGGAAGACAAUCAAACGAUCUUUUUCAUACACAGAAUCCUUGACAGUUUAUUACUGAGAAUGGAAAUUCGCUCGUGAGCUACCACCGGAAAUAAAGUCACUCACUAUGAAUCAAUUCAAUUUCAAUCUCACUUGGGGAAAGAUUUUCUGGAAUUGAGAUCUACUGCUGGAGAGAAAGUUCUGGUUACAGUUUGCUUUGCUGGAGAUGUGGAGGUUGUAAAAGUGUGAACUGAAAUAGUGCUGAAUACAAUAAAAUACUGAAGCAUGGAGUGAACGAGGGAUUAAGCAGAGUGUGUGUGCGUGUGUGGAAUUACAUAGAUUAGAAAUUAGUGAUCUUCGUAAACCCUUUUUAGCCAGGGAACUGUUAUAUGAUGAGGAGCACUUCCUUCCUCUUCCUCGUGGGAGUUUUUAGUCUGUCUCACUCCUGGAUUGUUGGUGGACCUCAUAGAAAUGCACGACAAGAUAGCACAUCUUCCCAUUUUCUUCCUCGACUAUUUCCACGCGUCUUUCCUUCCGGAAUAAAUUGUUCCGGGACAGGAUGCACGCUUGCAAUUUUGUGCUGGUUGACCAGAACGGGGUGUCAAAGCACGGCAGCUUCUACUACUUCAUUUAUCUCCACGCGACAAGAUCACAGACGCGCUGAACCAAUUGAAAGCAAUGACAUUUCCGUCAAUGACUAUGAAGUCGAGUGUGGCGUUCAAAAAAUGGUUGCCCAAAAACGAAUCAUUGGAGGACAAACUGCUUCAUUCGGCGAACUCCCAUGGCAAGCUCAUAUCCGAAUUAGCGGAUUCCAAUGUGGGGGAGUACUUGUGAAUCAUUAUUACGUAGCUACAGCCGCGCAUUGUGUUCACCGGAGUAAGUUGUCCGACAUUACAAUUUACCUGGGAGAGCAUGACACAAAAAAUACUGGGAGGUGGAUGGAACCCCUGCCAGAAGAAAGCUUCGCCGUUGUGGAGAGAAUUAUUCACCCACGAUUCAAAUACAUGCUGACACAACCGGAUCGAUUCGACGUUGCUCUCCUCAGAUUGCAUCGUCCUGUCCGGUACAAGGCCAACAUUUUACCCAUUUGUUUGCCCCCAGAUGACCCAACGUUCCCGACUACCAUGACCGUGGGGAUUGUCUCAGGGUGGGGAAAAACCACGACUUCUUAUGGUAAAACGGGGACCAACGUGUUGCAGAAGGUCUUAGUUCCUGUCAUCCCGAAUGACGAGUGUCGUCGCUGGCACCAUCAAAAACAUAUCCGAGUCGAACUUCACGACGAGAUGUUUUGCGCCGGGCACAGGAAUGGUCUCAUGGACGCUUGCUUGGGCGAUUCUGGAGGUCCGCUAAUCGUGAUGAACGAGGGAAGAUGGACUCUGGCAGGGAUUACCUCGGCAGGAUUUGGUUGUGCGGUUGAUCGCCAGCCCGGAAUCUACCACAAGGUCGCGACAACUGCGAGAUGGAUAAGGGCACAAAUAAGCGCAAGGAAAUGAGAUAACUUCGUAAAAGUCAUUGUUAAUCAAGACCAGAUGAACAAAGUAUUAUUAUUUAAUUGUUCUUUAAAUGCAAGAACUGAAAGGAACUGAUAUUUUUAUGUUUCGUUUUAAAUCGCUUAAGUUUCCCCGUUUUUAUAUUUUUAUAUUUUAGUGUUCUUCGUUAUCUUAUCAAUGUGUGUACAUAUGGGAAAAGAAAUGGAAUAGUAAUAAUUAUAGUUUUAAAUGAUUACCGAAAGUUAGUACAGGUUAAUUGUUUUUGAGAUUUAUCUUCCAUUAUGGCCUUUAAGUAUAUAUGAAAAAUACAAAAUAAGUUAUUUUUUUAUUUAAGCUCUUCUUAAACUCUUCCUAACCUACUGAUUAAUAAUUAAUGCAUAACUAUUGUGGAAUUGAGAUGUUAUAAAAAUAGGAGGAAAUAAAUUGAUGUGAAUUAUGGGGUUAAAAGUUAGAUACCUA